UUUGCAAACGGGAAAAGAUGGAAACUCAAACUCAAAACACUACUCCAACUCCUGCCGAGGCAGCCACUACCAAUGGCGGCAACGCAACUCAAGAAGUCUCGUCCACAACUCAAUCUGUGGAACCAACCAAGCGUUCACUUCGCCUACAAACUUGGAAGAAAUUCAAAGAAGCAAACUUAGGUCUUCAAAGAGGCGGAAUUUUCAAUCGUAUGCCCGCAUUUGUGGACAGCGAUAAGGCCGUCACUUUGUUGACCGAAACCGAAGAAUUUAAAAAAGCCAAGGAAGUCAAAAUUCAAAUUGAUCGUGCAUUAAAUGGCGCCAAAUUGCAAACAUUGAAUGCUGGCAAGAAUUUGUAUUUGCCCAGCACUCGCAAAAGCAAAGCAUUAUUCUUGAAGGUCGAAGUACCAGCCGAGGCUGACGACGAGAAAAAGAAUGAAAUUUUGAACGUCAGAAAUGUCGAAGAAUAUCGUACCGAAAUCGGUCUUGACAACAAAGUUGUUUUGGAUAUGGUUAUCAUUGGUUCGGUAGUCGUAUCUCGUGAUGGUUAUCGCCUUGGUCGUGGCAAUGGCUUCAUUGACUUGGAUAUUGGCCUUCUCAUUGAGGCUGGUGCUAUUACACCAAACACACUUAUUGUCACCUUGGUCCAUGACGCUCAGGUUGUUGAUAAUUUGCCAACAAAUCUCUUCCAGAAACACGAUGCACCUGUUGACCUAAUUGUAACACCAACUGAGGUAAUUCGUGUUGCCAAACGUCCACCACGUCCCACUGGUUUGUUCUGGGAAUUGAUUUCUGAGCGCCGCCUCAAAGCUGUACCUGUACUUGAAUCGCUUAAAGAAGCUCAGGAAAAAGAAGGUAAAAUUAUCACACUCAAGGAAGAAGAUACAGAUGUUGAGCACAGUCGCAAUCGCCGCCGCUUCCCACGUCGUCGUUUCGGCAAUCGUGGACGUUAUCCACGCCGUACUGUAUCGCAAAAUAAUGCCACCGAUCAACAACAAGGCGAUAAUGCUCAACAGCAAAAACGCAAUCCCUCUCGUAGAAGACGUUUCGUUAACCGCCGCAGGCGUCCAACAAAGUCCGAAGGUGAUCAAUCUGGCGUUGAAUCCAAGAGCCAAGAACGCAAAUCCGAUGGUGGAAACAGAAGACUGAGACAACGCAGAAACCGUCCAAAACGUGAUUUCUCAGUUAAACUCACCAAUAUCUCACGUGAAGUGCGCGUCAAGGACUUGAAGACUGAAUUGCGCAAACGUCAAUGCCAGCCAUUGGCUAUUACAUGGAAGGGAAGUUAUGGUCGUUGCUAUUUACACUUUGGCAAUCGCAAUGGCACUCCCAGCACCGAAGAAGAUAUGAACAAAGUGUUGGAAUCCUUGAACAACCUCUCGCUGACCGUUACACCACCCGAAAAGAACACAGCUGAAGGUGGUGCAACAAAUGGCGGCGAAGAAGGCGGUGCAACCGAUGCCAACAACACCGCAGCACCCAAAGUUGUUAAUGUCAAUGUUCAGCUGAUCAAGUACGAUAAGGCGGCAAAGAAAACCGGUGAUUCCGCAAAUGCUGCUCCUGGAGCCGGUGCCGAUGCCACUGUUAACGGUGGUGAGGCAGCCGCUGGCGGUGAUGCCAGUUCGGCACGCAUUGAGUCUGUCGAUACCACAACGGUAUAGUGUGAGAUGCGAGCUGUUUUAAAACGGCUAUAUUUUUGGUUUGGAUAUUUGGAAGCGUGCAUUUUAGCCUCAAAUGGAGAAAUAUA